AUUAACAUAAUCACCUUCAUAUUCACCUUAUCAAUAGCCCUAAGUAUCAUCUUAACCAUAUUAAACUUCUGAAUUGCUCAAAUAAACCCAGACCCAGAAAAACUAUCCCCAUAUGAAUGCGGAUUCGACCCCCUAGGGUCCGCCCGACUGCCCUUCUCAAUCCGCUUUUUCCUUGUAGCCAUCCUAUUUCUAUUAUUUGAUCUAGAAAUCGCCCUGCUACUCCCCCUACCGUGAGCAGUCCAACUUCAAUCACCCACCACUACCCUAACACUAGCCUUUAUACUUAUCCUCCUACUCACACUAGGGCUCGUAUACGAAUGAGCUCAAGGAGGCCUAGAAUGAGCAGAGUAA